AUGGCCACUGAUAUUGAGAAGGCUGAGCUGACUUCCUACCAGCUUAAGGAUGUUGCAAAGACUUGGUGCAAGAUAGAGAUGAUGGAGGUCAUGGUUGAGGAGUUCAUCAACCUUAAACAAGGAUCUAUGACAGUCAGGGAGUAUUCCUUGAAUUUUGUGAAACUAUCAAGGGAAGCUAUGCUGCAUGACAACAUGGACCUUUCCAGACUUAUGGUCCAUGUCCAGCAAGUGGAGGAAAGAAGAAAGACGAAACAAACUAUUGUAUGGAACAAGUCAAGACAAGCUGAUAUUAAUUUUUCAAGGAAGAGUAGUACUGAAAUCAGGGAUAACCCCAGUUUUAAGAAGGGACUCUCCCAACAAGGGGAGUCAAGUUCAUCCAAGUGUCGCCAUGAUAGAAAUUCUGAGUCCAGAGUUAAGAGAAACAAUGAAGUAGAUACAUCUCAGGAGAGACCACCCUGCAGGAAGUAUGGCAAACUACAUGGUGGAGAGUGUAUGAGGGGCACUGAUGCUUGUGAUAGUUGUGGCAAACUGGGUCACAUGAUGAAGGAUUGUCCAAUUAGGAGAAGUCAAGAACAAGUGAAUGAGAGAGUUCAGUCUAACGUUCCAAGUGAAAAGGCUCCAAGGAGGCAACGAUUCUUCGCACUCAAGUCUAGGGGUGCAGAGGAAGGCACUUUUGGUGAAGUCACGGGUAAUUAG